UCAGCGGGCAGGGCCGGGCCGCGGCCGCCGCCUCUCUCCCGCCCCCUCAGCCCCCAGCCCCGGCGGCCAUAAGAGGCGGCGGCGGCGAGCCCGGGCCGGCAGUGGCGGGGCGGCCGCCAUGAAGUCGCCUCAGGCGCAGCGUCCGGCGAGCCACGGCUCCGGCCGUCGCCCCGCGGAGCUGCCGGAGGAGCCGGGCGGCUUGGCGGAGGCGCUGGGUGAGUUCGAGGCGGUGCUGGAGGACUUCGCCUGCCCCGCCGGCCGGCGCCGCUUCCAUUACGGCGAGCACCUGGAGCGCAUGAAGCGGAGGAGCAGUGCCAGCACCAGCGACCUAAGCGACUCGGAGAGUGCAGACUCACUCUACAGGAACAGUCUCAGCCUCAGCGAUGAAAAGCUUAACUCUCCAACUGCGUCUACUCCAAGUUUACCAUCUCCAUCAGUAACUCCAUGUAAAGCAAAGCUUGGAGACACAAAGGAACUGGAAGAAUUCAUUGCGGAUCUUGACAGGACACUAGCAAGUAUGUGAAAUGAAUCUCUGGCAUUGUUUGCCUAUGAAUGUGAUCUGAAGGAUAAAUGACAUCAGUCACUGAAAACUGCUGCCCUUGUCUGAUAAAUUUCUUACCCAAGAUACUCAUUGUCUGAACAUAACCUCUGUAAACCCGUACAAGUAUUUAACUGGCAAACGGUGUUGUUACUUUGAAGCAGGUGGAAUCGUAUAACUUAAAUGUUACAGCUAUAUUUUGCUUUAAAAUAUAGCUUAAAUUUUAAUUUAAAGUUGCUUUUAUGAAAAUAUAUUUGUAAUUUUAUAUAGUUGAGAACUUUUAAUGCUUUUUUCCAUUUAUAAUAUAUUUUUGUAAACAAAUAAACCCUAAACUGGAAUCCAGAUGUCUGAAACUUUCCUGUGAACUAUGAAAUGGGAGCACAAAUUAAGCGCUUACUGAAAACAACAUCAAGCUUGAAAAUAUCUGAGGCUGUAUUUCCUGUUAGGCAAAAUGUAUUUAAGUGGCCUUCAUAGGGGACUUUGUGGUGUUCUCUUCAAAUUGCUUGAGUGAGAGUAUCUUGUACUAUGUAAAAUUAAUAGUCUGGAAAACAAAAUCAGUCAAAUGUAUAUUAAAGUAAAUCUGAAAUAACACUGACUUAGUACAGAUUGGAACAAUAGCACCUAUUUGAAAUGCCGUCUGAAAGCUAUCUUUAAAAUCACACAUUUCAUAGUAGGUACUAAUGGGGAGGUUAGGUAUUUAAGCCCAAAAGCUUAUGGAGAUGCUGUAGCAUCGAGAAAAUACUUAAAUCUCUGGAUAUCUUUGAAACCAGACCCUUGGGUCCAAAACAGUCUUCAUCCCUUUCAAAGGACUGUCUGGCCAUCAAUGUGCUGGAGCCAUCAAUGUGCUGGAGGAGUGGAAGGUAAAGCUGUGUUUUUUUUUUUUUGUGAGGAACCUGAUUCUUUCCAUAGGUAUUAAGUGCCGGAGAUGUCAUUGUGAGCUCUCCCCCAGCUGCUCCAGGCAUUAUGUGCAGCUCUGCUGUCUAAGCCGCUCAUGCGAUUGCCCUCUAAUCCAUUCAGGCAAAGUGAGCUGGACUUGUUUGAGCUGCAGGUCUUAUUUUGACCGAAGCAGGUUAGCGAGCGGUCACAGAAGUGGUUCAAAGAUUGCGCUUGUUGGAGCUGUGAUCUUUAAGUGUGGCUGUGCCUGGAGAAGGAUGUGUCUGCACCAGAGGCACUGUGACCAGCCCAUUGCUCAGGAACCUGAGAAGAUGGAUUUGGACUUUUCUUCUGCAGCAUGGAGAAAGCAUAAUCUACUGUAUACUUGAAAGCUGGAGCAUCAUGAGCAGAUUCAUCUCUGCUUUGUUUUCAAAAACAAAUAAUCAAACUUGGAUUAUGUUAAAUGCUGUAUGUGUUUUCCAGUUUUCACUGAUAAAUAAGCAAAUGAAAUUC